CAGUUUUUGAACUUGAUGAUGACAUCAAAAAUUUGCAGGUUCUUCCUAACUUGGUGGCUAAUCCAGCAGGUGACUGGCCUGCCAUUGUCUUCCAUGUUGGACAUGGCUCCCAAUGCCUUUGAUGAUCAGUAUGAGGGCUGUGUCCAACAAAUGGAGAAAGAGGCACCGAAGCUGUUACAAGAAGACUUGAAAAUGAAUAAGGAAUUUAAAAAUGAGUGGGAAAAGGCAGAGAAAAAAUGGAAGCAGAUCAAAACUAAGAGUUACCCCAAAGGUUUCCAUGAUUUCCAUGGAACAGCUUUGGUUGCCUACACUGGGGACAUCCACAGCAGCUUUAAUAAUGCUACUAGAAACUUCAAAAAAGAUCCUGAUAACUUCCACUUCAAAGCCUUACACUACUACUUAGCCAGAGCUCUUCAGCUUUUGAGUACCAAGGACUGUCAUUCAGUUUACCGAGGUUCUAAUACCAAGUUUGAAUACAAUGGGAAGGGCUCUGUGCGAUUUGGGCAUUUCACAUCCUCAUCUUUUGAUCAGAGUGUAGCCUUUUCUUCACCAUUUUUCAAUGGUUAUGGAACAAAGUUUUUCAUUAAAACCUGCUUGGGGGUUUAUAUCAAAAAAUUUUCCUACUACCCCAAGGAAGAGGAGGUAUUAAUUCCAGGCUAUGAAGUAUAUCGCAAAGUCACAACAAAAAAAGCAAACGGGUAUAUCGAAAUUUAUCUAGACUCGCCAAAAAAAAAGAAGAGCAACUUCAAUUGCUUCUAUAGUGGUUCUACUCAAACAGACAACAUUAGCAGCUCAGGAUCCAGACAGAGCUGUGUAUUCCUGUUCCUUGUGGUUUUCCUUGGUCUUCUGGUCCAGCUUCUUGUACUUGCUGAGUUGUAACCCUCUCCUGUCUACAGUUUGUGGGUCUAAGUACUGAAGGGAUGCCAAGGUGUAUGCACCUGAUUGGUUGUUUAAGAUCUGUGUUAGGGGGAAGUGUGGGAUCCUUUCAGGAGAGGGAUGCUGACUUCGACAAGCAUCCAAGGAACCCACUGGGUCAGUCACUAAAAUUUACACCAGAUUUCAAAUUUACUACCCUUUUACAGUUUGCUAUGGCAGAAGGCAGUGUUUGUCUGUAUGGUCAGCAAUAAGAAGGUUUUGUUAUUCUUAUAGUUGUUGUUUUGGUUUUUAAACAUUGAUUUUUUUUUGUAAAUUUAAUAUCACGCAGUCCAGAGCCACUCACCUUCCUGACCCUUCAUAUGCACCCUCUGAACUUACAGCCCCCCCAAAAAAAACAAAGAUGGAAAAUAAAAAACACAAACAAAGCAUAGAA